CGUAACAUUUUGCGCUAUCCUGCCUAGCACUUCCAUUAUCUCGCAGUCCACCUAAAGGAAAUCUUCCAGGGGAUUUUGGAAUGAAAACGUGAGAUUGUUUUUGUUUUACAUCGUUAACUAUCAACUACAUUUGUUUUGUUUCCCAGGUGUCACAGAUAGCCUAUUAUUGUGAACAGCCAACAGCAUGGGAGUGUACGAGGAGAAGAAAGAAACAUGUGGGACCAUCUGUCUGAAAUACCUGCUCUUUACAUUCAACUUCCUAUUCUGGCUGGCAGGGGGAGUAGUAAUGGCGGUGGGCAUCUGGACACUUGUGGAAAAGAGUGAUUACAUCAGCCUGCUCUCCUCCAAGACCUAUGCUGCCUCUGCCUACAUCCUCAUCCUGGCGGGGGUCAUCGUCAUGGUGACUGGAGUGCUGGGAUGCUGCGCUACCUUCAAAGAGCAGAGGAGGCUACUAAGAGUGUACUUUGUCCUGUUGUUGUGUAUUUUCCUGCUGGAGAUCCUUGCUGGUGUCCUGGCCUACAUCUAUUACCAGCAGCUGAAUGAGGAGCUGAAGCAGAACCUGCGGGAGACCAUGAUCCAGAAGUACCAGCAGCCGGGCCAGGAGCACGUCACUGGGGCUGUUGACAAGCUGCAGCAGGAGUUCAAGUGUUGUGGGAGCAACAGCUCAUCUGACUGGAACGAGAGUGUUUGGAUCCGCUCUAGCUCAGCCGAGGGGCGGGCCGUGCCAGACAGCUGCUGCAAGACCCAGACAGAGCGCUGUGGGCGCCGGGAACAUCCCUCCAACAUCUACAAAGUGGAGGGAGGUUGCAUCACUAAACUGGAGAACUUCAUCUUGGACCAUCUGAAGAUCAUAGGAGCAGUGGGUGUUGGUAUAGCCUGUGUGCAGGUCAUAGGGAUGGUGUUUACAUGCUGUCUAUAUCGCAGUUUGAAAGCAGAGCCAUACUGAGGAAGGACUGAUUUGUGAAGGAGGGAGGGAGAUAAUGGUCCAGUCUCCAUCACCUGCCAAACCCAAAUGGGCCUCUCACAAACACCGUGCCAAACAGAGGAUGAGGUGUAAGGGAGUAGAACACUGAGGAUUCCAUUUAUGCAAAAUAGCUGUUUGAUCCAAAUUGUCAUCUGGGGAGAAGGCCACAAAUGCAUCAUUUGGGUUAUACCCCAAUGUGGUGUUCAGAUUACUGAACUAAAUGUAACAUACUAAUAACAUGCAGAGUUCCAUAUUUACUCCUGAGAACCACUCACCUUACCAUUGGAAUAAUCUUGUCUCACAGUUUAACUAGGUAGUGAAGACCUCUUGAGUGGCUGAAUACAUCAAUAACAAACACAUUAUUUUAUUUUUGUGCUAAUAGAUUAUUAUGCUUUGAAACACAUAUUUUUACUGCUGCUUUUAUAAAGUAACAACUUUUUUUUGUUAUUCUGGAAACAUUACCUUUCUGACACAAGUUGAUGCACUUUAUGAUGUGUGAUUUUGCUUGUUGAAAAUCAAUAACACCUAAUGCAGACAUUAAACAUUCUGAACAUGCAAUUAAUCAAUAUGGUGUGAUGGGAUAUUGAACCCCAGGCAUUUUCCUAGCAAGACUCUUUUGCACACAAGAUGUGGCUAAAAGGCAAUUUCACGCUCCAUUACAAGAAGUUUCAAGAGAAGUGUCAGCAUUAUCUUUUUAUAUGAGGGACUUAUCCACUGAAGCCAAAGUUGUCAACCCUGACAUUGUGUAAGAUCAUAUCAAACGGACUACUCCUGCCAGCCAUUUCCAACGUAUGUCCAUACUGUCUGUGCUUUUGUAGUAUUUUUAAAGAAUUGAAGUUAUCUUUCUUUUAUACAAAACAUAAUUUUAUUUAAGAGACUAUUACGAUCACUGUAUCACACAACACGGUUUUGUUUUAUAUGUAUGCUAUACCACGGAAUUAAUCAAUCUGCUGUAGUUAUGUUUGUCUGUCACAUUAAAUAUCUUAUACCAUAAUAUUUUCUUGAAAUAAACACAAGGAUGUCA